AUGUUAGCCCAACCCGUAUUGAUGAAGGCGAACCACUGGCAUGUCGUCAGCGCUAAGAUCAGUGGUCCUUCUUCGGAUUGCGGAGCUACAGGGCGUCGUGUGGUGGAGUGCGACGAUGUGACCUUUACCUUUCGAAAUUCUGCUAUCUCCAACAAUGGUACUGAUGUAAACGUCGGACAAAUACCGGAAUUAUACUACCAGUACGGUACUUGCAUUCCAAGCAUGUCUAAUAAAUUAGCUAUCUACCGAUUGCUAGAACACUCUCAGGAUUGCUUUGGCAUGCCCUUAAUUUAA